UCCAAACUAAAAGAAGAAGAAGCAGGAAUAAAGAAAAAAAAGAAGAAGCGACGAGACUGCUGCUGCCUGCCUGCCCACCGGCCUCCAACCACCAGCUCCGACCACCGUCGCCCGCCUCCCUGCUGCCCUGCUGUAGGCCUGCGCCGCCUCCCCACCACCGUUUUAUAUAGAUUAAAUAUGAAGAUCCGCCAUGAUGGUAUGCCUUCUUCGAGCAAGAUUAAAUUUGAAGUUAGUGAUGAAGAAGAUGAAGAACAAGAGGAAGAAGAAGUAGAAGAAGAAGAAGAAUCUGCUUCUGAAGAUGAUGGGGAGAAUGAGAUACAAGAGGUGCUUGCAAAUGUUACAUUUGAGGAGUUGCAGAAAGCGCGUUCAGAUGGGUCACAUGUAGUUAAUAAGAAGCCUAAGUUAGAGAGGAAGGGUAAGCGAGAGAAUAAAAACAGGCCAAUGGAGAUCAGUAGCAAAAAGCCAGUUGGUAGAUUUAGAGAAGUCAUUCAGGCUCCUAAAAAGGUUGUUCGUGACCCUCGUUUUGAAUCAUUAUGCGGAACGCUUGAUGUGGAUGGGUUCAAAAAGAGAUACAACUUUUUAUAUGAUAGCGAGCUUCCUGCUGAAAAAGAGCGAUUGAAGAACCAGAUGAAGAAAACGAAAGACCCACAGGCCCUUAGUGGGUUGAAAGAGCGAGUGGCAUGGAUUGACAAGCAAUUGAAAUCGGCAUCCACAAAACGUACGGAUAAAGAGAUUCUUGUGAAACACAAGAAGAAGGAAAGAGAAGCGGCAAAACAAGGGAAACAGCCUUAUUAUUUGAAGAAAUCUGAAAUCCGAAAACAACAGCUUGCCGAGAAAUUCAAGGAGCUCAAGGCUUCUGGCAAGCUUGCAUCCUUCAUCGAGAAAAAGAGGAGGAAAAACGCUGCGAAAGACCAUAGGUUCAUGCCGUACCGACGACCAAAUGACAACCAACAAGAAACAUAGAAAUAUCAAUUAUUUGUUAUUUUGUUAAAAUAUCAUAACUUGAUGCUUUAGUUUUGUGUAUGAAUUGUUUAAGAUUGAUUAAUCAUUAUGCAAUGACCUAACUUCAUGCUUUAGUAGUUUGGUACAAGUGAUUUAUGUUUCAUUCAAA